ACUUGGCUCGCGUGCAAACGGAUUAUCUUUUAAUCUACGAGUCGAAAUUUUUCGCUCGUCACGUUAUCGCCUACUUUCGCGACCGCUCGAACAAACGAUCAGUCAAACCGUCGAGAGAUCGAUCAGAACGAUCCCACGGGUUCGCACCUAACAUCGUGUUAGUUUUGAGGGAAUGGGCGCAGGCCCGGAUACAGGGCGGAUUGGGGGGGUCUAUUUUUGUGAUUUACAAAAAGACAUCCACUGCGGUUAUUAAUACUCCGUCACUCCAACGAAGUAGUCAUAAAGAUAUCGCCCUCUACGACACACAGUUGGAUCCUCGAGCCGUGUCCUUCGAUCGGACGUGCGCUAAAUCGUUUCUAUGGUACACAUAAGUACGCACCGUAACCAUCGCUUUUACGAGACUUCAAAGUUCAAUUACGAUAAAGCGUCACUGAUGUUGUUUCUUCGAGUUGUUCCGUUCAGACAUUGUCGUGGAAAAUGAUUGAAUGUAUGUACCGCAUGCAAAAAAGAAGACUCUCGACCUUUCAUCGUUGCUUAUGGCUCGAUUAGAUUAACAAUUAAUCGCAAAGCGCGUUUCUCUUUGUUGGUGAUAGAACGUGGCACGGCCGACAAAAUGGUUAGAUCAUUUGAAAUUUUAUUCGCUUCCGUGGUCUCGCUACGAUGAUUACAAAUUGUUAUUGCAACUACCCGUAUAUACCGUUCCCUCGAGUUUUUUCGUCAGAAAUCGGCCUACCGUGGCGUACACCAGAACUAGAAGUCGAUGGUGAAAACGAAUGCGCGAAAUAUGUUGUUUCAUUUCGAUGUAGCUUACGCUGCAAUAUUAAUAAAUAACAUUUGAACCUGUCGAAACAUUUCUGCGCAAGCGUCACGAACGAUAUUAAUGAUGUUCAUGAAGGAAAACAAAAAUUUUGUAAAUCAUUUGUAAUGCCGAAAGAGCAUUAGCGACUCGCGUCAUUCGUCGACGUCAGCGCAAUUUCUGCUCAAACGAUGUGCAAACAUGUUCGUCGAAACGAUAAACAAGUUUUUGAAAAUCGAAACAAGAAAAGAUCGGUGGUGAAAGUUCAAUGAGUAUGAUCGAACAAAAGGGAGAAGAUAGAAGAAAAUUGUAACAUUUUCACGUUGGAAUAUGUCCAUAUGUCUUGCAGAUUUAUACGAAGGAGGCCACGAUGGUUUCUUAAGCGACGGCGACUGAGCGCAUACGUCAGAGUAUGGCACAUGAGUCAUUCGAGAGGAAACGGGGACGGGGCGCUUGAUGCGCCCACGAUAUCGUCGUCCCUGCGCGGAAAGUGAGCGUAGAGCACCGAACCGUACCGGAGAUGGCCGAAGUUACCCCAUCGUGCGGCAGUCGAGCCCGAGCGAUCCCCCGAUCGCGGUCGUGCGUGCUGGAACGACAGGUACGGCCAGUCAGUAGUGGAUUAGCGACAACGGGAGCAGCAGCGACGGUGGCGUAACGUUAACAACGAAACGAAAGAAGAUGUAUGACCGUUCGAGUCGUCGUUAGACAUCGUCGAACGGUUAAAUAACGUUGCAUUCAGCCAGUCCGGAAAUCCGUCGUGAAACAAAAAGUGUACCAAGACGCUGGCUGCUCCACGGAAUAUGUACGUGACGAAGGUGGGCGAGGGCCGUGCGAAAAAGUGGCGAAAACUGUGAGAGAGGUACAGUGCCUCCACAUCGGUGGCAGUGGCGGUGUUGGUAGUAGUGGUGUUGGUGGUGUGGUGGUCGUGGCGGUGGUGGUGGUGGAGGCGGUGUGGCGUUGCUGGUGCUACUUCGGUGUGUAUGCGCGUGUGUAUUGGUUGGACACGCACUUCGGCGGGGCCGUGGUUCUCGCUCUCUCUCUUCUGUUCCGUCUCGUUCCCUCCUUCUCUCUUGCCCCUCUAUUCAAGAGCGACUUUCCUCUUUGUCGCUCCUACGGAGGCCAUCGUACCGAAAGCGACCGAGCCAGGCCAGGCACUACGCAAGAUGGCUGUGUGUCGCUAACGAGAGGCCGACAAACCAGACGGGGAAAAGACAACCCGGGAAUAAACGGAACAUGCUGCUACGUGAUCGUCGGGCCCGUCCCUGAAGAGAGAGACACUGGCCAAGAAACGAGAGGGAAUGUGUGACAUGUUCAUCCAAACACAGCAGACGAGUAGCGUCAACGGCAGCAGCAGCAGCAGCAGCAGCAGCAGUAACAACACCGUUCACCAUCACAGUAAGAAACGCAAGUUGGAGUACAACGUGAGUCAGCCGGUGAUCCAGCACGCAUUGGUCCAAUCGACCGGCGACUACCAAUUAGACAAUACCGGUCUGCAACAACGGUACUCCGUGAACGGUGCUAAUACCGCGUUUAGCUCGCUGCACAACAAUAAUGCGCUGCAGAAGAGUAGCCCGAACCAACAGACCCUGGUACGAGCCUCGACGAUCAAGCUCUUAGACACGUACCAACGCUGUGGCCAGAAGAGAAAAACUUGGUCGAGGGAGGGUAAUGGUGACGGCCUGGCAGUCCACUCCGCCAACGCGACGAACGCAGUGGGUAGUACUGUAGUGUCGCAGCACCAUACUCAACAGCAACAGCAGCUGCAACAACAACAGCAGCAGCAACAACAACAACAGCAGCAACAACAACAGCAACAUAAGCAAACAGGGAUGACGGCGCAUAGUAAACAAGUGACUAAUGCUGCCAAUGGAGGCGGUGGCAGCAACCCCCAGGGCGAUGGAGAUUACCAAUUGGUCCAGCACGAAGUUUUGUACUCUAUGACUAAUCAGUACGAGGUCCUCGAGUUUUUGGGCAGAGGGACUUUUGGACAGGUCGUAAAAUGCUGGAAGAAAGGAACCAACGAGAUAGUAGCGAUCAAAAUUUUGAAGAACCAUCCAUCGUAUGCGCGCCAAGGGCAGAUUGAGGUCUCCAUCCUGUCUCGACUCAGUCAGGAAAACGCGGAUGAGUUCAACUUUGUGCGCGCUUACGAGUGCUUCCAGCACAAAUCCCACACCUGUUUAGUCUUUGAGAUGCUAGAACAGAAUCUGUAUGAUUUUCUGAAACAAAAUAAAUUUUCACCCCUUCCUCUGAAAUACAUCCGACCUAUCCUUCAACAAGUCCUCACCGCUCUUUUGAAACUGAAGCAACUGGGGUUGAUUCACGCGGAUCUUAAGCCAGAAAACAUCAUGCUGGUGGAUCCAGUACGUCAGCCUUAUCGUGUCAAAGUUAUCGAUUUCGGGUCAGCCUCCCACGUAUCUAAAGCUGUUUGCAACACGUACUUGCAAUCGCGAUAUUAUCGUGCACCUGAAAUUAUACUUGGACUUCCAUAUUGUGAAGCGAUAGAUAUGUGGUCACUCGGCUGUGUGGUUGCAGAACUGUUUCUAGGAUGGCCUCUAUAUCCUGGUAGUUCGGAAUACGAUCAGAUUCGAUACAUAAGUCAGACUCAAGGCCUACCCACGGAACAUAUGUUAAAUAAUGCCAGCAAAACAACUAAAUUCUUUUACAGAGACAUGGAUAGUACAUAUCCGUUUUGGCGAUUGAAAACACCUGAAGAGCACGAAGCCGAGACGGGAAUCAAAUCUAAGGAGGCGAGAAAGUAUAUUUUUAACUGUCUCGAUGAUAUUGGUCAAGUGAAUGUUCCGACUGAUUUUGAGGGUGGUCAACUUUUGGCUGAGAAAGCUGAUAGGAGAGAGUUCAUUGACCUCUUAAAGAGGAUGCUCACAAUGGACCAGGUAGAGCGCCGAAUAACACCUGGGGAGGCUCUGAACCAUGCCUUUGUUACGCUCGCCCAUUUAGUCGAUUAUGCACACUGUAACAAUGUUAAGGCUUCCGUCCAAAUGAUGGAGGUUUGUCGACGGGCAGGUGAUUUCACUGCAAGCCCAGCGCAUCACCAAGCUCCUCCAGCGCCUCAGCCACCUCCGCCGACCUCAUUGGUAGCUAACUUUGUACCAACGACAAAUGGCAGUGCUGUAACUUUCACCUUUAACAACCAGUUGACCAAUCAAGUACAGCGUUUGGUCAGGGAACAUCGCACUGCGCAAACAGGAUAUGACAAUCUGUAUCAAAUAUACAGUAACAGUAGUCGUCGCGCGACUCAGUACAGUAGCUCGUCUAGCGGAUCGAACAGUGGACGAAGCGGAGUGCACGACUUUCCGCAUCAAUUGGUCCCUGGUCUGCUUUGUCAUCCACCCAGUUAUCAGACGAUGCCAAGUCCUGCAAAACACGUAGUUGUUGCUCAACCACCACAAGCACAACAGGGUCCGCUACAGAUUCAACCAUCGAUCAUAUCGCAGCAGGCUGUUGCUGCAGCAGCUGCAGCUGCUCAGCAACAGUACGCAGCGGUACCAGUGUCCAUGGUUGAAACUGGACGUCAAAUGUUAUUAACGAACGCUGUACAAACCUCUUGGCCUGGUGGAAGUCGUCAAAUGGCUGCCAUCGUACCAUCAUGGCAGCAGUUGCCACCGCAACAUGCAGCCAUACAGCAGCCUCUGCUGAGCGACGCUGGAGAUUGGGGGAGACCUCUUAUUGUCGAUAGUUCUGCUAUUCUGCAGGAUCAGCGGCCAGUAUUCCCUGUCACGGAAGUCUACAACACUAGCGCCCUUGUUGAACAUCCGUCUCAAAGUUGGGGCAAGCGUAGCGUGACGAAACAUCAUCAGCAUCACGUAACGGUACCUCAACAGUCUCAGCACAGGCACGAGCAUAAGAAGGAGACCCAACAAUUGAGUCCUGUGAAGAAGAGGGUGAAGGAAAGUACACCACCUAGCAACAUGAGACGGCAUUCGCCUACGAAUGGUCACUGGCAACAACCACCCAUGCAACAGCAUCACCAUAGCAGCAAACACAGCAGCAGUCAUAAUGUGGAACACCAUCAAGUUACAUCCGGUCGGCAGCAAACCAUCACGAUCCACGACACUCCAUCGCCAGCUGUUUCUGUUAUCACGAUUAGCGAUAGCGAAGACGAAAUACCCGGCAAAUGCUGUGAAGAUCGCCAGUGCGGAGCCUGUCAAAAUUUGGCAACUCGCCUGUCUGGCGAUGGACGUCCAGUCCGUGAGGAAGUCAUUCGAAGUACGCAGUCAACGCCACGCGUGGUUCAGCCGAUACAACAAACUCAUUCGACCACUCAGCCUCAUACCAACGGACACGUUACAACGCAUAGCACGUCCCAAAGGGCACAACGGAAAAACAUCAUCAGUUGUGUAACUGUCGGUGACAGCGAUGGCGAAGCUAGUCCAGGCCGAGCGCAUACUCAUUUGUACCAACAUUUGCCGCAACAUCCUCAGCAUCAGCAAACCACGCAGUUAAUUAAACAUGAGCCCCAGCAACAACAUCACGUCAGCAGCAGUAGCUCUGGAUAUUCUUCUCAAUCUCAAAAGAAACGGCUAUUGGCAAAAGUACAAUCUGAGUGCAAUAUGGUGAAUGUUGCAACAAAACCAGAGCCCGGCGUCGAGUACCUUGCUCCACAUCCGUGUCACGCGCCAGCCUGCAAAGAGCCACCGACCUAUCAGGAUGAUGCCUAUGACAUGCAUGACUACUUCUUGCAGUAUGUGACCACGAGUAGCGCGCAUCCGCACCUUCAAGAGCAGCAUAUCGUGUACACGACCGGCACGGACAAGCGGGUAUCGUGGCCUGGAAAGAGAACCGAAUACAAGCACGAAUACGUUCAACCACCUGCUGCUCAUUCGAGAGAUCAUCAAAAAUGGGCGGUGGCUAAUACUGUGCAUCAGUAUAGGCAGAGCCAAGUGGUGGGUACGGCAGCCCAUCCGGGUCAUACCCACAGUCAUCAUGGGCAUCCGGCCCACUUGAGUCCUGGGGGCGGUGGCGGGGGCAGAAGUCCUGCAGGGGGGCCUGUAAUAGGAAGUGCCCAACAUCUGGGACAACCCCUGUACCAGGAGUACGCCCAUGUGCGUUCAAGAGCCCAUGCCGUGCCACCCCCGGUGUACGUAACAGCCGCUCCUUCUCAGGCUCCCACUGCUAUCCAGCAGCAACAAGUGCCCACCUAUCAGGGAUUCACACCCGGAGCUUUACGGAGACUUUCUAACGAUCAUCAUCCCGUUUUUUACAGCUCGUCUCCAUUAACGUUGUAUGAUUCUAGUCGAGCGUUGCCACCACCAGCUCAUCACAGCUCGGCCAGACCGUUGCUGGCAAGUCAUGCAGCGCACCCACUGCCUGCACAUAUGCAGCCAACAGCCGUAUACGGAUUGGCCCCUCUUUCGCCGGCCAAACAUCAAUAUCAACCUUCUGGUUUGUGGUUCACCGAGUAAACAAAGAAAAAAAAAAAAGAAAUUAUUCCUUUGUCUGUCUGGUUUUUCAGAAGAAGCUCAAAAUGCCGUGUACGAAGCUGCUAGAUAGAUGUGCUUCGACGCAAUUAAUUUUUCUGUUUUUUCCAUUGUGUGCGGCCGACUUAACGCAAAGAAACGAUCGAACGAAAAGGGAAAAAUAGAGAACGAGAGGCUCUAAGGUUGGUUCAGUUGAGUUUCUUUUAUCCGUGAACGAAGGGGACGAUUUCGCGACGCUGUUUUAUUAUCAACUAUGGAAAAAAAUGAAAAGAAACACAGUGAAACGCUGAUCGCCUAUCACAAAAUUGACACGACUGAUAAAAAGGCUCGAUCCGCGUGUGUAUGUAUUUGUAUGAUCGAGUUCUAGAAACAAGAUAAAGAGUCGUUUAUGUCGACUUAACUUCUCCGACAAUCCGUCCUUAAGCUGUGCGAUUGUCCCCUUCGAACUGCCUGUUCGCAGAGAAUCUUUGUCUACAAUUGUUUGAUUUCGAUGAAAGAAAAGGGUGAAACAAAAAAGCACAUGGGAAUACUAGUGAAGCGAAAUCAGUUCUCUCUGUUUUCGUUUCGUUCGAUCAUGCGAAUCGUGUGCCAGGUAACGGGAGCACAGAACCGAAAGUUAAGAGAAAGAUAAAAGGAGAACGACGCGGAGAAAGUUUGACCGUGUUUUUUUCGUCGUCUCUCCUUUAGCCGAGAACGAGAAAUUGCUUCGAUGAAUUUGUAAUUUGUAUUAUUUGUUUGUCCAAAUGUUGUUUCGUGAUAUACACGGUCGACGUUAAACGAUUUUAUUCGAUUUAGACGGGGCGCAUAUUAUGUCGAUAAUAUAAUACGCGACGACGGUAUUAUGCAUUAUUAUUAUUAUAUAUAUAUAUACACACAUACGCUCGACGUUUUGUGCAUAAAGCUUUUGGAAUGGAGAAUAAUAUCGCGCCAAAAAAGAAUUUUUACGAUAAUACACACGCGCGUGUUACGCAAAAUGAAUCAUACGAUUUCGUCGUGACGACGACGUUUGUAUCAACAUUAUGCGGGGUUUAAGCGGAUGAAACAAACCACAUCGAUGCGUGUCGAUGAUUCGACAAAACUGUUUUGUACUUUGGUGUGCAACAGUUGUGUUGAUGAAUUGCAAAGAAAUUUUUUCUUUUUCGAGCUUCAACGUAACGGGAAUAAGUUUGCAUUUCUUUUUUGUAAAUGAUAUGUAUCCGAUACGUAUCGUGCACGCGCUGUUAUUGAAUAGCUCGUCAACAAAGUUAUCCGUGACUCGGUAGAAUUCACGAUAAAUGUUUCCCUUUGCUCGUUGAAUCUCGAUCGAUUGAAGAUUUUUGUUUUCGAGCGUGUAACGACGCUUUUUAAUGAAUUUCAAGAGCGUUCUCUUUUACGAAACGGACCAUCCCUGAUGGUGAUUCUCGUUACGUGUUAAAACGUGGGAGUUGAUUGUUUUACAUACACACACGUACACAGUUUUGAAAUUUGACAUUGAUGAAGUUUUGAAAAAUUGUUUUCCGAGUUUUAUCGGUAAUGGGGUUCGUUUCGUGUUGUCUUAAGCAUGCUUGUGGUGGUGUAUCUGAGACACCGAUCUUUUUUUUGAAGUUUCAGAUUUCGAAAUCGAUGUCUAUUUUGAUUGGAACGUGUGUAUCAAGCGAAUUUGAUCGCACGAUUGAUUCUCGUUAUUGACAAAAGCUGUGCCUACUCGCAGCAGCCUCAACACUAUUUAUUUUUAUUAAGUGAUUCUUAUUGUCGUCAACGUAAUUACUAUUAUUAUUAUUACUAUCACUAUUAUUACUAUUAUUAUUAUGAUUAUUGCAACUAGGCAUCACUGAUUUUAAGAUAAUUUUAUUAGAUAGUUCGCGGGUUUUUCGUAGAUACCACGUUCUUUGAUUAGAAUUCGUUGCAAGUAGGAUUUCAUCGUCUCAUUUAAUUCGUUUCAGUGUUUUGCAUUUCAUCGAGGGUUGUAGAGUUCAAGAAUGUACUUUGUUCAUGUACAUUGCACAAAUGUCUGGUUCAUAUAAUUAGCAUGAUUAAUAGGAAGGAGGGUAGGAGUUAGAGAAAUUUGUUGAGAUUCAGUCUCGAACAGAGCCUUCGUUGCAAAUGUUCUAAUGUCGAAUUGCACACACACAUAUACUUUCUGGUGCGAAGUUCAUUUUUUUGUUUUUCAGUAAUUUCCUUUGAGUUUAUUCUCGUCGAAUCAUGUUCUUCCUUCGCGCACUUUGUCCACAUCGGUGUAAAAAAGAAAGCAGUUUCCAUUGUCUUGUAAUUCUUCGAACUGCAUUCGAUUGUAGAUGUGCAUGAACGUCGAUUUUGUACAUAAUCAUCCGGGGAUAUUUAUCUUCCUAUUACCUUUUUCGAUGUUCGACAACUCUGAGGGUGGAUUGCACGCGCCAUUCUUCGACUCGCAACACUUUGAAAAAUGGAAAAAAAAAAAGGAUCGAAAGGUUUUUCUCCCGCGUGCUGACGUGUGUAUCUCGUGGAUUUUUUAAAUGGAAUGACGCUUAGGCAUUGUUUUGCUAAUUAUUUUAUAUACAUAGCUGUAUGAUAAAUGUACGGGAUAUCAGCCGUGGUAUAUUGAUUAGAGUGAUCCAUGUCCAGAGUUUAAUUAGAAGUAUUUUACACGUAGAACGAGAGAGUGUGAUUGAAGAAGAGAGAAUGAAUGAGUGCAUGCGUGGUGUGUAUAGAAUAAUCAAGUGAGUUUUUAGAUACGUUAUUAUAAUCACAAAGAAACAUCUUUUUAAAAAGUACGACGGUGCUGUUAAUUCAUUAAUUUCAGAUAAUACAAAAGUUUGACAGAUCGAACAAGGGGCACUUGUUAACACCUUAGCUACUGUUAACACUUCAUUGUCGUUUUGCUUCUUUUAGCAUUAUUAGUACAUUUACCCCUAUAGAUGCCUUUGUCGACUUUUCGGUUUGCCCCUCCCACUGUACAGUUCCCUUUAAUUAAAAGAAGCCAUUUUUACACAUAGAUGUACAUUUCCCUCAAAUACCUACAGAUCCUAUCGCUUUAACUUUAAAAAUACAGAAACAACGAUAGGCUUCCAGUUGCUAAGGUGUUAAAAAAAGAAAUCAAAAUAAUUUCUUUUCUUGUUGCAUCCACCAAAAGGCUCCCUUCUCUCUUUUAAUCGUACCAAAUUGAAACAGACCGUCUAUUAAAACUGAAAUUGGCCUCGGUACCAUUCAUUUGCACGAUACAAAAGAGAAACGUUUAACCAAGUCGAUGUGCCUGUUUAACAAUUAAUCAUAUUACACUCACACUUUGUAUUUACUGCAAACGAGAGAAAGAAAUAGGACCGCCUCUUUGAUACACGUAUUAACAAUGAUUGCAGUAAAGUAUAAAAAAAAAAAAAUUGAAAUUACAAUCAACGUAAGUGUUGCGUGUUAAUAUCAACCAUACACGUUUACGAAUUAUAUUAACACAAGCACGUUUGCGCGCCUAUACAUGUAUAUAUAUACGUAUACGUAUGCUUCCAUGUAAGCCAUGUAGAAGUUUAAUCGCGUAGAGGAAAACAUUACCCUACCAUGUUUCCUCGUAAGUCGUGAGAUAAAAAAAUAAGUCAUAUCCUUAGAUUUCGCGUUUCAAUUAAAGGGACAAACCGUUGAUUCGCGUGUAAUGUAUUAUAAAAACAUUAGUUAUCAUUUUUUCUGUUAGAAUUCAUACAUGAUGCACAAAACAACACACUUAUAGAUUGUACGUAUACACGCGACUAUCAUACGCAUAUUAUAGUCAUAUCAUGCUUCAUUUUCGCAUCUGUAUUGUUCGUUUGCGUGGUUAGAUGGGCGUUGAGAAAAAUGAAAAAGAUUUCAGUCAGGUUCGUCGGGGUUUUUCAUCCAAAGAGCUGGUUUUGACUGACGAUAUUGUAACAUUUAUUUUUUCUUUGUUUGUAACGUUAGCGCAUUAAGACUGUAAUAAUUGUCGAAUCGUGUUCGAAUUAACCGCUGAUAUAUAUAUAUAAAUGUAUGCAUGUGUAUGUAUAUUAUUGUAGAUGUAUAUUGUUAUUUUAAUUAGAUUCACCUUGUUAUCGAUGUACGCGAGUAAAAGCAAAAAACACAAAGUAUUUGGGUGUAGAUUUUUUGUUCAGCUGGUCGCUUAGAUCCGGGUUACUCUCUUAAUUCUUAGAAUAUCGUGAUCGAUGUCAUUACUACUAAUAUUAAAAAAAAGCUUCUUUACUGAUUUAUUAUAUAGAAAAAUGUAUACUAUUACGCACGCGGUCCUUCGUUAGGUUUUCUUUUUUUUAGUUCUUGGGUAGAAUCGUCAGUCAGUACAAGCUCACAGUCAUAUAUACAUAUAUAUUUAACUAACUCCUCAGUCGUUAUUAUUUUAAAGGGGGAUAAAAAUGAAAAGAAAAAAAAAUUCAACACCUUUCGCUUUGUACCAGUAAAGCACCAUCACCGCGUAAUAGAAUGAGUAUACAACAGUGGAAGUAGGCGAGGAAAAUUUUAGUAGAGAAAGAUAAGCGGUACCGUAAUCGUAACGAUGAUGGUUCUAGUUGUGAUAUUUUAUUAAUUACAUAGUGUCGAUAUUCGUACGAAUUUUCCUUGGUCAGGCUUUCUCGUAAGAGCCCACUAUUUCGAAUUUUCACGUGAACAGAUUUUGAAAAAUCAAUUAUACGUUCUCGUGCGAUUGUCAUUUCCGAUUGAAGCGAUACUAUGUUACCUUAGCUGCUCUUCAUCCGUUUGUAAAAAUCUUUCGUCCGAAACGUCGCGAUAAUCAUAAAUCAUCACUUUCAUAUACCAUUAAAGGAUUGAAGAAUAAACCAGAAAAUUGGUUUAACACGUUAAUUGAGCCGCGAGUGUAACAGUUUACCUCUUCCUUUCGGGUGACACGACACACAUGUACACACUCGAAGCUAUAGAUAUAUACAAUUAUUUUAAUCGUUUUUAAAUUUGUACAUACGUUUCUUAAUCGCAUCAGGGCUAGGAUAAAGGGUUUGGGGGGGUAUUUGAGCGGAGUGAUUUCUUAGUGUCUAGGUGUAGUGCCUAAAAUGUUAAUGAGAUUGUGUCCAAUAGUAAAUUUUAUUUAGCGUGGAAUCUCUAAACGAUCGAUCCUAUGAUAGUAUUCGUAAACAGAAAGGAAGCAUUAUCUUAAUUAAAAUUUUUUGAUAAUUUCUUGAAUGAAACAAUCGAUCAUGAUUGCGAUGAAAGAGUGAACAAAUUAUGAAGGAUGUAUUUGUAAGUUGAUGCUUUAUUUCUUUUACGAAUACUUGAAAUAAAGAAUGAAAAUGUUGAACACAGUUGUUCGCGUUGAAAUGGCCAGAAAUGAAAAAGAAAAAUGAACAGGAGAGAAAGAAAAGGAAUCAAUGGGACAUCCACGAAUAGGAUUACGUUUCUUCGUGGAUUUAGAAUUUAAUGUUCAUCGCGUUGUAUGAAUAGUUCAUAUGAAAUUAUAUUAUAUAUAUAUUAUAUAUAUAUAUAUACAUUAUAUCACUGUAACAAACAAAAUAACUGACUUUUUUGCGAGGAAAUAGAUAGCGGUAGUUAUAAUAAAUAUAUAUAUAUAUAUAGGAGAGAAUAACAUAUUUUUGGAGUUACUACUAGAGGAUUGAUAUCGUAAUUGUGCUCUGUGAGUUCUUAAAAAAAACACGUCUGUCUUCUUACGUUACUGGUAUUUAAAUCGUCGGAGGAUUGUUCGUAGAAAUCGGACCGCAUUUACAUCGAUUUAUAAAAAGGAAUCGAUACUACAAUAAUUAUCCUAAACUUAUAGAAUUUUGCUCACAAGUUCGUACACGUAGAAUCGUAAUUUAACCCUCGAAUGACGGUGACCCUGCCUCGUGAAAUUAACAAAUUUUCAAACAAAAUAAUAUAAAAUUUAGAAAAUAGUGCAUUGUUCUAGGUUUAUUCUAAAUUGUAAGCUCCCUGUUUUGCCAUUCAGGGGUUAACACUUUAAUUUUGAAAUCUACCACUUCAUAAAUUCUUCGUUCAUAUGAAAAUCAUCUAAUUAGUAUUCUGUUGUUUUGUUUUUUCUUGCUGUUACGAGUAAAUGAUGUCCGAUUAGGAAAGCAAGAGUGACCGAAUAGAUCACGUGAAUAAUUAACAAAGAAAAGAAGAAAAAAAAAAUGGAAAAAAGAAAGAAAAAUUAGGGCUAGAAUCGACGAUUCACCUAUCUGACUGUUCUUCGAUGUUCUUAAAUGUUCACUAUUAUACUAUGGUAAUAUGUCGCAGAAUAAUAAUUAACGGUAGUACUUGUAUUAUAAAAAAGUUUGUCGAUCUUUAUGCAUAAUGCUAAUCUUAAGAAUUUAAUCGUAGCUUCGAAAGAGGACAACCAACUUGUGUAAAAUAGGAAAAAAAGAUAACACACAUCACUGCUUAGACGUUGUUAAUUAUAGUUAUCGUUAACGAUUUUUCUCGUCUUUAUUGGGUGAAGGAAUUUUUUAGAUGAAUAAUUAGAUACGGCUUGACAUUAGCUGGAAAAUAGUCUUCGCUGUGGAAUGAAAGUAGAAAAUUUCGUGUUUCUCGAUGUUCGUACGAUUUAUGAAACAUUUCUUUUUUUUCCGAUUCUGAUUCUUUAAGUUUCUUCUCAUCCUUCACAUUCAGACUCGAUCGAUCCUUUCGUAGAAACUUUCGAAAUAGCAAAAGUUUUUCUACCAGCUCGUUUUUUCAUCGUCUUUGAAAAAUUUAAUACGAUUUAGAGAAUUUUAAGAUAUCCUUUUGGAUACCGAUUAACACGUUCGCUGUGAAUCGAGGGUCGCGGACAGAAAAAUCAUAUUAACUCUUUAUCGGAUUUCCAAAUUUAAUUCCUAAGAUCAUUAUUUACCAAAUGUACUUCGAAUAAACUUUUAAAUAAUUAUACCACCAUACUUAGGGGGUUGUUUCGAUCCUCGUGAUUCAAAGAAAGGAUUCACAGUGAACGUGUUAAAUAGAAACAUAGAGAAAAAAAGUGGGACACGUAGAGAAAACAAUAGGUCUAUUUAAAACUGUUCUAGUAAUUUAGAAUUUUCUACGAUCAUAUCGGAUAAGCCGGAAACUUGCUGUCGCAGAUUUCAAGUCUAUUCGCUCUAAUGGCUAACAUUGUAUAUUUAUAUACCGUAUAUUGAAUGUUCGUCUUUUGUGUAUUUUAAUUGUACUAUGAUAGUAGUAACGUCAUUUAUACUAUUAUUAAUAAUCGUUAACCAUCGUUGUGAUUAACACGAUACACUGGUUUAUUAAUUAACGAAAAAUUUUGCAUAUAGCAUGUACAGAUUCGUUUCAAUCUUCCACAAAGGUGUUUUUCUUCUUUUUUUCUCUUUUCGUUGAUCGAAAAAAUGGUCUUGGUUCGAAAGAAGGAUGGCUGGUUCUAAAAAUCUUUCGAAAUAAUAAUCGUGAAUGAUUAUCAAUCAGAAUCUCCUUUUCUUCUUCUAAAUUCCCUCUAUAUUUUCUUAGCGUGUUUCUGCGAAGAAUUUUCAUCAAGCAUUGCCUUAUCGCGAUUGUUACAUUACCAUCGAUAUAUAUAUAUAUGUAUACAUAUAUAUAUAUAUAUAUAUGUAUAUAAUAUAGUUACACGUAACACACGACACACGUACAUACACGUUGAGAAGAUAAGUCGUUCGUGCCGUCGAUUAACAUUAAUGUUUGCCAAAACUUCUUUAUCCUAUAUUCGUAUGGAUGUAACAGCUGUAUAAAUGUGUAAAUUAUCAUUGCCACGUGCAUUCGAAUUUAACCACGAAUUUCCUUUCGUAUUCUCGUUAAAUUAAAAUCAACAUAUCGAUUCGAUAAUUAAGAAUUUAUUUCAAUUCACUUGGAUAUUUUGAUCUGUAUAAUAUUUAAAGGUAUCUUUAUGAAUUAAACGAUGAUACGUAUUUUGAAUAAUUGCAAUAAGAGCAAUAUUUUCACUGUGUCGAUCAAGCUCUUAAAUUGGUAUCUUAUAACAGUCAGCAUGUUCAAUUCGAUGCUACUCAUUGGCAAUGUAACAAAAUUAAUUUGUUUAUUUAUAAAUUUGUGUCUACAAUGCGAAUGCAGCGUGGAUCCUUCGUAUACAUCCAGCAACAUGGUAACCCCAAUAAAUGAAUCGCCCAUCGAAGGCGAGCAAAAAACGAAGUGUCUAAACGGCGGUAUUUAGCGUAUAAAUAAAACAGAAAAAAACGAAGAAGAGUGUUUCUUUUCGUUUGUUUUAAGCUUUUGCGGGAAGUCUGUCGGUCUCAAAGUAUUAAAACUCUCAGGCUGCGCCCGAUGGCGCCUGUCGAGGGGUCGUCAGAUGAAAAAUGGUGUUCAAUCGAUAUCCGUAAACGCGAUUUAAUUAUUAAUUUGAAUGAAUCGUAGACGAGGCGCGAGCUUGCGGUUUGAUUUAAGAAAAUCUACAAUAAAGGAAUAAUCGUAGAAGCAUUUGCCAAUAACCAUUUUAUUUAGCGGUAGAGCGUGCCUUAUAUCACUGAUCCAUACUGGAUCCUUUAUCUAAAUUUUCAUUCUAACUAAUCGUACUUCAAGUUUUGUAUCCGGUUAUCUGGUUGAACGCCACAUCUCUCUCUAUUUCUCUCUAUACAUAUUAUAUAUAUACAUACCGUGUAAUUAAAAAAAAAGAAAAGAAACAAGAAAAGGGAGAAAGAAAUUGAAAAUAUUCAUUGCUUGCGCGUGCGACGAAUUAUUUCAGAGGUCGACCAGAGUACAAAGCGUAGGUUUAGUUUGGUCUCGGAAAUAGUUUGCGCACGAAUAUACAUACUAAUUCUACUAUGAAAUGUCGAAGUGUCGUCGUCGAACGUUAGAGAACCGAUCGUUAAUUAGCGUUAAAAUAGCGAGAACAAAGACACUGCGUUACGAUCACGAUCGUCGUCGAUCAAGCAUAAUUAGUCGCAUCGGUUUCGCUUCUUUUGUACGUACGACAAUAAAAAAAAAAGCACUUUAAUGAAAAGAAUCAGCAGAUAAAUCAAAAGUACUUAGGCUUUAAAUCGUGCACUGAACGUAAAGUGCGAUUCAGUCCGAUCGGUUCGCUCUUCCAACACGUGGACGAGCCCCGAUAUCCGCAAAAUACAAUCGAUUCCAAAACUUGUUGUGCUUGAUCGAUGCAAUCGAUGAUACGUAUCGACGUAACACUAUCUUUUAGACAACCAAAAACUAAUAUCACAGCGGCGUAGCUCGUUACUAUUUCAAAAACGAUUCCUUCUAAUUGAAUAUGCCGUUCGAAGGUUGACAUUUUUAUUUGUUAAUGAUUUGUUACCGAAAUCUAAUUGUAAAAGCGAAAAACAAUUGAUGAUUUCUUCUUGAUUUUGAUAGUAGCGAGCUCCGCGUUUCUUCGACAGAGCAGGUGUCUUAAUUAAUUCGGUGACGACUUACUUAAACGAACGUUUCUCAAUUUUUAAGUCGCGCACCGGCAUACAGGUGCACAUAUUAUAUCCUGGGGGCAAGAAGUCUAUUUGAUAUUUAUAUUUUAAUAUACACGGGCCGAUUAUAUAUAUAUAUGUAUAUAUAUAUAAUUAGCGUAUAUGUAAUUAUUGAAUAUUAAUCGAUAGCCUCGGUGGGCUGCUCGUCCAGCAACGAGAUCGAAUGAUCUUGAUCAGAAUGUGAAAGAUGGACGAGCAGAUUACCGAGUCAAGAACCACGAUUUUCUGUAUAUUACUGUAGUAUAAUAAUCAAACACUAAAGACUAAUGCUUAAGGUGAUCGAUCGUGGAGCUUCGAUGCUCUUCGAUACCGCGUAUGUGUAUUCGAGAAUAUUGCUAUGCGAGCUGGAAAGAUUGAAAAAUGAGAAAAAAAGAAAGAUGUGAAUUAAAUGAUUAAGAAAGAAAGGUACACGUUAGAGCGGUACAGGCAUCACUGUGUUUUAAAUGGUUAAUAAAUACAGAUGUGUCCGUGUUUUCGCUCGGACACCUUUUUUGAACAGA